AUGUCUUCUUCUGAGAGGAGAGUGGUCAUCUCCCCCAGAGCUCCGAAAGCCAACCCUACCUACUCCCCUGCGGUUGUCCACAAUGGCAUCGUGUACUGCUCCGGGUCCGUUGGAACCGACCCCAAGACCAUGACAGUUGUCAAAGGCACAAUUGGUGACCGAACGAUCCAAGCUCUGACGAACCUUGCGAAUGUCCUCGAAGCCGCCGGAUCCUGCAAGGAAAACAUUCUGAAGGUCAACAUCUACGUGACCAAUAUGAACGACGUGCCAACCAUGAACGAAGCCUACAACAAAUUCUUCGCCGAGCCUCGACCGGCGCGCGCCACUGUCGCCGUGGCCGCAUUGGCUCGCGGUACGGAUGUGGAGAUUGAAUGUACGGCUUUUAUCAGUCGUGAUAAGUUGGCCAAGUUGUGA